AUGUCACUCACAAAUAUCGAGACCGAGGCCUUCGUGGUGACAGAGCCAAAAGCACCCUUCAAGCUUAUACCUAUUUCUCUUGAUGAGGACAUUGUUGUCCAACAGGGCCUGCUGUCGCAUCUUACAGAAUACCCAGUGGUCCUAGGCCACGAGGGCGCAGGCAUAAUCAAGGCAAUCGGCUCAGACGUCAGGGACAAGUCCCUCCGCGUGGGCGACCAGGUCCUCUUGUCAUACACAAUCUGUCAGGGGUGCGGGCCCUGCCUCGAAGACCGCCCGUCGUUCUGCACGACACAUACCGAGGUCAACUUCAACGCCGUGCGUGUCGGCGACAAGAGCACGCCGGCGCGGCUCGCCCAUGAUGAGAAGACGACCGUCAGGAGCCAGUUCUUCGGGCAGUCCUCGUUCGCGAAGCUCUCUGUCGUCCACGACUACUCCGUGGUCAAGUGCCCCGUCCCUGACCUCCUGCCAAUUUACGCACCGCUGGGAUGCGGCUUCCAGACCGGGGCAGGGACAGUGCUAAACGCGGCCAAGCCGACAAAGAGCUCACGUGUUGUUGUUUUUGGCCUGGGGAGUGUCGGCCUGGCGGCUCUCAUGGCCGCCGUCCACCUGGAGGUCAAGCAAGUCAUAGGUGUCGACAUUGUGGACGGCAGGUUGGAGCUGGCAAAGGAGCUUGGUGCGACCGAUGUGGUCAACUCCACCAAGGAAAGCAACCUGGCUGACCGGCUGAGAGAGCUCUCACAAGGCGGUGUUGACAUGGCCAUCGAUUGUAGUGGCGCCCCGUCAGCUCUUCAAGCUGCAAUUGACUGUCUGGGACACGGCGGCCAAGCAAUUUCAGUUGGGGUGCCUCCUCCGGGUGUGAAAAUUGACAUCGAGACACAAGUAAGCUUCAUACCGGAACUCAUCGAGCUCCACCGAAGAGGCAGGUUCCCCAUCGAUAAGCUGUGUAAGGUGUACUCUUUCAAGGACUUCGAUCAAGCUCUGGAGGACAUGCACAGUGGUAAAGUCGUCAAACCAAUUAUCAAGUGGGAUUAG